UAUAGGUAUUACAGUUUAUAAAUAAAAACUUAACGAACGAGUAUAAAGUACAAAUUAAAACUCAGGAACUGGGGAUUUUUAUUAUUAUUAAUUUAUUUUGAUUUAAUAAUAAGUAGUAUAUAAUUAGAACGUAUCAUUUAACUAAUAAUUUUUAGUUAACGUUCAUGUAAACUUAGUAUUUGUUUUGUGGAAUAUUGAAAAAAAUAAGUAUGAUGGAAAUCAAUAGUACGUGUAAGUCUACGCUAAAAUCUAUUGAAAGCUGUUUGGAAAAAAUGAAAAAAAUGUCCUUAUUGCCGUUUCCAGUUUAUGAAAACAUGAAUAAAGCAGCAGCCUAUACUAGUUUUUGUUUAAAAAAAUAUGAAUCUGCAGCUUUCUAUCUUUCUGAAUCACAUGGAGGAGGAAUUCGUUCAAAACUAUCAGUAUCUAUAAACCCUAAUACACCUAGUGACAAGAAACUUGAUGAUUGUCUAUCAUUAAAUUCUAAAUAUGUUUCUGAUGGAUAUGAUGGCUUAAUAGAUCGGUUAAACGAUAUGCCGUCCGAAUGGACAUUAAUUCAAAUUACGAGAAACUUUAGUCCAAAAGAAAUAGUCACUCCUAGACCGGCAGAUAAAACUGUAGAUAUGAAUGAACUUUUUGUGACUAGAUAUCAGUGUGGUUAUAACGAUAAAAAAAUAGUACCAUUAACCGUAAAGGUUAGUAAACCACAUAUCAGUCUUGGACAAAAAACAAUUUUUGAAGUAUUAAAAAAAAGUUUAGAUGAUUCAAAUAAUAGAAAAAUCAAGGAUCAUGCCACAAUACGCAAUUUAAGAGAAGCUGCGUCAGAGUCAAUUAAAAGUAUAUCUCAAGAAAUUCAUACAUGUUGGUUGAAGCAUUGGAUUUGUAUGUUAAUGGGUAACUAUGUAGAUAAAAAACUAGCAGCUGAAGUUCAUGAUAUUAUAGACAAUGUUAUUGAAAAAGAAAAAAUUACCAUAAGUGACCGGUCCAGAAUGAUAUUGUACCAGAUAACUAAUGCUGCAGUCCAAUUAAAUGAAAUUGAAUUAGAUUAUGUUCUUCGAGAAGUUGAUUGCACUAAUGAAGAGAAAAAUAAAUUUCAAAUAGCUAUAAAUAUGUAUCGAUUAAAUGGAUCUCAUUUAGUAUUGAAAAAAAGACAUCCCGUCAUGUUAAUUCUAGACGAGCAUUUGGAAUGUUUGCCGUGGGAAACAAUACCUUGUUUGAAGAGGCAUCCAGUUUCUCGUAUUUCAUCAGUACAUAUUGCCCACAGAUUAUUUAUAAAACACAAGAAAUCUAUUCGAAAUGGUUUGAUGGAAAUAAGUAGUAAAGGCUACUACAUGUUUAAUACAGACAAAACAUUACCUAAUGCCGAAAAAAGAAUGUUAACAUUUUUAAGAGAGAGAAGUAUUGACUGGCAAGGAAUAAAAAGUGAAGAACCUUCUGCAGACAAAUUCACCAAAAUAUUGCAACAAUACGAUAUUAUUCUAUACUGCGGACACGGAAAUGGAACACAGUAUUUGCACAGUUUAACUUUGGACCAAUUAGAGCUCCAAUGUAUACCCAUGUUAUUCGGAUGUUCUAGUGCUAGACACACAGACAAGGGGGGAAGGACUAACUUUGUUGGAGCUUCUUAUGGUUAUUUAAAAGCUGGCUGUCCAUGCGUUAUUGGCAUGCUUUGGAAUGUCACCAGUUUGGAUGCUGAUAAUAUAGCUCGAGCUAUGCUCAAUGUUUGGCUUCCCGGUAAUCCAAUUAAUCUUCAAGAUAAAUGGCCAAAAGAAUUCUUGGAUCCUUGUGACAGCAAUAAAGAACGAGAACUUUUGAGAACAUUAGCUGUAGCUAGGAAUACUACCAGAAGUUUUUUCAACUAUGCAGCAAUAAUUGCUCGGGGAAUACCUAUCAUUAUUAAAGACUAAUACUCAGUAUACAUUAUAUUUAUUAUAGCUAAAAAAACAUUUUUAGUAAGUACUAAAUUCACUGAAAUUUUAAAUGUUUAUUUAUGUUUUAAAUUUAUGUAUUUUAUAACUUCGUUUUUGUUUAUUUAUUUAUAUUUUACACAUAAGAUAAUGUUUUAUUCAUUUUACAUGUAAAUAACAAAAUUAGGCUUAUAUUUUAUAAUUAAUUAAAAUGUGUAAAUAUUCAUUUCUUAAACAAACAUAAAAUUAUACCAACUCUAAUUGGUUUUAAAUUUUUUAUCAGAGUUCUAUUGCAAUUGCUCAGCAAUAAAUUAUAGAUUAGUUUGACAAAUCACCUUUCCCAAUAAACACAUCAACAUGAUAUUACUGAAAAUAAUAAAAAAAAACAAUUCUAAACAGUCAAAUACUAAAUUAAAGUAUCAUAGCAUACUGAUGAAAUUAAACUUCAACAGUAAUUUGAGAAUGCAAGAUUAUGUUCAAUUUUUCUUUAUUUUGAGGUACAUGUAAAUGUUGUAAAUAGUUCAAUAGCACUUUGGUUGUAACAACAUAUCCAGUGCUUAUUUUAGGAGAGAAUGGGUAAAAAACCAUGGCUCUUGUACAAUAUUAAAUGAAAAAUAUUAAUUUAAGUUAAUACAAAGAAAUUUUAACUAAGAUUAUUUAAUGUAAAAAAAUAUAUAUUGAAUAAACUUUUUUUCUUCUAUUAUUACGUUAAC